GUCAACAAUCGCCCAUUUUGUGAACAAGCGUUGGCACAUCCUUUUUGCAACAGUGUUCUGCGGUCCGUUCCGAUAUUAUCCGAACUCAUUCAACGUACUAAAGCAGCCGUUGCCGCUCAGGAGAAUCAGAUCAGUCAGAAAUGGAAGAAAAUUUUGUACGAAAGUGAUCUGAAUCGAUCAUCUAGCACCGCCUUAGUAGAAGAAGAUGAAAAUGGGAAAAGUGCUGCAACAGGCACUGGUGCCUCUGCAGCCGUGGGUAGUAGGAGUCCUGUUAAUCAUGUCGGUGGAGUAGACCUGAUCGAGGUUUCCAGUCCUGAUUUUGAGCCCAUAGAUUCGGAUCCAGUAAAGUCCACCUCCAACUCCACCGGCCUUCGACGCACGUCUAUUGAAGACGAAGUACUGACUUCCGAAAAUCCAUCAACGGGUGACACUGGUCGCCGUUGGCCUCAUUCGGCUGCCCCAAAUCACGGUCGCUCUGGGAAGAGUCGUGGGGUCUUGGGUGAACUAACAAGUCAUGCAAGUAGUGGAUCAACUGUAGAGGACCUUGACUUCUACACAGGCGACAGCUGCUCAAAUAGUGUUGAAAGUGUGGGUAGUGAUCUGUCGGAUAGUUUAUUGGGCCAAUCUGGUCAACGUUCUGUGCUAAUCAACACAAAACCCCCUCUGAAUGAUAAUCAACCGAUUCGCCUGCUUGAUGCGGACAGUGGACGUAGUGGUUCAUACGAGUUCAAUGGAUCUCAAAUCUCCCCUAUGCCGGUAAGACCAAUCCGGCAUCAUCGAUUCAGCACUACUGACGCAGAACGAAACGGCACAGAACUACAAAACGCCAUACAGCAUCCUCAAACAGCUUACUUCCCGGUCACUGAGAAUCAUUUGUAUGCCAACAUUGAUCCCGUCCCGUCCCACUCAAAUGGGAACGAGUCCCAUGUAUAUCAUUCCUUUGCGAUCGACGAUCGGCCGCCUCGUGUGGAUUCGACGGGACCAGCUAUCACUCCCACCAAGGCUUCGGGCGACGCAGUUGGUUCACAUAGCCCAAACGAAGCCACAGCCAUUCUGGAGGCUUCUCGGCGUGCGGCUAUUAGUUUGGGUCUCGGUCCAGACGAUCUGGGACCGCCCCCGGCCGCGGGUCACUUUGCUACACUGAAGACUAGCCAAAUGAUGCGUGGUGGCGGGAUGCAUUCUGGACGUUCAGGAAAUAUUUCGGUCGGCGCAAUGGCCGCGGCUGCCCUAGGCUUCGCUCAUCCUAGUGGUGGUCGUGCCUCUGCAUUGUGGCGGGACCAAAUGAGUGAGCUUAAACGAUUGCGGACACAACACAAUAAACAACUAAAACAGUUGCAAGAUAAAAAUAAGGUGAUGGUAAUGUCAGUCGAAAUCACUUAUGGAGUGGAGAUUGUCUUUCGUUGGUGUGAUCUGGCAUACCGCUUUUUUGAGACUUUCUACUAA